AGGGUUUAUAUGAGCCACGCCACGCCGUGAUCGAAACUCGUAGAUCAGAAUUGAGAAAAGCGAUAAUCAAUCUUCUCCACAAAGAGUUAUGGCUUCAUCGAGGGACAAGGAACAAGCGCCGCCGCACCAUCACCAGCCUCUCUUGAGCAGCCUCGUCGUCCGCCCCUCCCACAGCGAGGGCGGCGGCGGAGCCUCCGCCGGUGGUCGUUCCGGCGAUUUCGAGCCCGGCGAACUCCACCGAGAUCCUCCUCCCCCUUAUUCUCGCUCCGAUCGAUAUUCCGAUGACCCUGGAUAUAGAACUCGUGCAGGUUCCUUAUCUCCUGUUCACCGUAGAGAUGCAGUUCACCGUACUAAUUCUGAUUAUAAUCACUUGUCACGAAGCCGAGGAUAUGGAGGUGGGAGAGAUCCUGGUAGAUAUCGAGACCUUUCACCCCCUUAUGGUCGAGGAAGAGUUGGUGGUAGGCCAAUUGGUAGAGCUUUUGAUGGGCCUGGCUUUGUUCCUGGACUUGCUAGAGGGGAAGGCAACAGUAGAAAUAAUCCCAAUGUGCGUCCUAGGGAGGGAGAUUGGAUUUGUUCUGAUCCCUUAUGUGGUAAUCUUAACUUUGCGAGGCGGGACUAUUGUAACAGCUGUAAUAGGUCUCGUCAUGCCCCUGCUGGAAGUCCACGGAGGGGUUAUCCUGCUCCUCCACAACCUCAUGCUCCUCCUAGACGCUUUCCUGGACCUCCAAUAGAUCGUUCCCCAGAAAGGAAUACGAAUAGCUAUAGAUCUCCACCUCUUCGCGGGUUGGCAAGGGAUGGUCCUAGAGAGUAUGGAUCUGCUGCUCUGCCACCCCUCAGGCAUGAAGGCAGGUUUCCAGAUCCCCAUGUUCGUAGAGAGCGUAUGGAUUACAUGGAUGAUGCCUACAGGGGGAGAAACAAGUUUGAUAGGCCACCCCCUCUGGACUGGGAUAAUAGGGAUCGUGGAAGAGAUGGUUUCUCCAAUGAAAGGAAAGGAUUUGAGAGGAGGCCACUGUCACCCCCUGCACCUCCUUUGCCAUCACUUCCUAACCAUCGUGGUGGUGGUGGUGGUAGGUGGGCUCGUGAUGUCAGAGAGAGAAGCCGCUCUCCACUUAGAGGUGGCCCGCCACCAAAAGACUAUCGCCGGGAUAUGUUCAUGAAUCGUGCAAGAGAUGAUAGGCGUGGUGUGGGACGUGAGAGAAUUGGAGGAAUGUAUUAGCGUAGAGAAUUUGUGAUAUUAUCUUUUAACUUCUAUUAGAUGUUGGGAUUUGUAAAGAGUUUGAGAUAUUUGUUCCUGAAUCUCCACAAUAGGUCUACGCAUUGGAAACCUUUUUGACAGUAUGCACUGAAUUGCAUGGAAUAUCAUUUU